AUGCCUCAAGGUUUGACAGAUGUUAUGCAGCAGUGGGUAUGCCUGGAAGAAGAGUAUCAGCAUGCUCAGGAGACACACCGAUUGUACCUACAGAAAUUGGAGGAAAUUUCCAAACUGCAAAACAGCUGCUCUCGCUCCGUCUCCCAUCAGCGAAACAGACUCAAGGAGAUAUCCUCCCUUGUGAAACAAUGCAGCAAAGGACUGUCAGGAGAAGGUGCAAAGAGCCUAGAUCAAAUCAAAGAGAAAAUAAAAAUGCGACCCAAUACACUGUCUGAAAUGGAAGCUUUCCUCCCCAAGAAAAAUGGGCUGUACCUGAGUCUGGUUCUCGGAAAUGUAAACGUCACUCUUCUCAGCAAACAGUCAAAAUUUGCUUACAAAGACGAAUAUGAGAAGUUCAAGCUGUACCUCACUGUCGUCCUGCUGCUCUUCUCCUUUAUAUGCUAUUUCUUUGUGAGCUACAGAUUUCUUGAUGCGAUCCUUAACUUCCUGCUGGUGUGGUAUUAUUGUACGUUAACAAUCAGGGAAAGCAUCCUCAUCUCCAAUGGCUCCAGAAUAAAAGGCUGGUGGGUUUUCCAUCACUACAUCUCAGCUUUUUUGUCCGGUGUAAUGCUGACAUGGCCAGACGGCAACCUGUACAAGGUAUUCAGGAACCAGUUCUUGGCUUACUCCCUUUAUCAAAGUUUUGUUCAGUGUCUGCAGUGCUAUUAUCAGAGUGGAUGUCUAUACAGACUCCGAGCUCUAGGAGAAAGACACAACAUGGAUCUGACUGUGGAGGGAUUUCAGUCCUGGAUGUGGAAAGGGCUGACAUUUCUUUUGCCGUUCCUGUUUUUUGGUCAUUUCUGGCAGCUCUUCAAUAGCCUCUCUCUCUUCAGAAUGGCUCAGAUCCCGGACUGCAAAGAAUGGCAGGUGUUGAUGUGCAGCCUCUGCUUCUGCGUUCUGUUCAUGGGAAACUUCUUCACAACACUUGCUGUGGUCCAUCAGAAGCUCAAGAGGAGGAAUCACAAACCAAAGAGUCUUUGACACAUGCAGUAGUCGUUUUUUUCCCCUGUCACCACAGUGAGCCAAUUGCAUGAAUGGAUUUGGCUUAGUUUUUACACCAAUGCACUUCCUGACACAGCCCUGGCCUGGAAUUGAACCCAUGCCCUCGGCCGUGAACGUAUAAUGGUGUAAUGGUGGUGUGCGGGUACCAUUACAACACCAAGGAUGCGUAAAAAUGUACAUAAAUUGCUACCGAAAUGCAUGUUAGUGUAUCGGGCAGGUUUCUCCAUAUGUUUAGGCUCCUUUGUAAUUCCGCUCUGCAUACAUAAGUG